AUGGCGCAAGAGAGCUCCAGAGCCGCUUCAAGUCUUCCUAGAUUGUGUAACGAUCAUCUUCGUGGUGGUCAUCUCCGUAAUAUUGACUUAAUAAGCUCGUUGCCUGAUGAGAUCCUCCAACAUAUCCUCUUCUUUGUUCCGACGCAACUCGCCAUCACAACUUGUGUCUUGUCUAGACGAUGGAGGCAUGUAUGGUCCGAUACACCUUUUCUUUCCUUUGUUGAUAGCUAUAUGCCGCCAGGCAAUGCUGCUUGGAUAAACGAAGCCCUAACUCGCUGCACAGCUCCCAAGAUGAUCAAGUUUCAUCUCAAAACCAGAAUGUAUCACACUGCUGCCGACGUGGACAGGUGGAUAGAGUUCGCCAUGUCCCGCAACGUGGAGAAUCUAUCCCUCUGCGUCGGUCAAAAUUCUAAUUAUCAUUAUAACUAUAACAUUCCUGAUAUCGUCUACAUCAAUUCAUCUAUUAAGCAACUCAACUUUGAGUUACCACAUGUUUGUAUAAUUCCCUCAUGUUCUAUAUCUUGGACAUCGCUAAAGAAGUUGUCCUUGUCUUGGAGUUCUCUCUCCGAUGAAUAUGUUGCUAAGAUUCUAUGUGGUUGUCCGAUUCUCGAAAGCUUAAGAUUGAAUCAUUGUCCACAUGUUAGGGUUCUUGCUCUCAGCAAAUCGCUGGGCGUGAGAACAUUAGAAAUAACCUGCAGCCGUUUUGUGUCGGGGCCAAUGCAGAUUGUGGCACCAAAUGUCCAUUCUCUCAGAAUGCACAACUAUCAGUUACCAUGUACUUUAGUUGAUGUCUCGUCUUUAACUGUAGCUAAAGUGGACGUUUCCCGUCACUCAGGUCGGGAGACAAUCAAUGAUUACCUAUUUGAAUCCCUUCAUGAAAUGCUAGAGAAGUUUCAGAAUGCAGAGAAGCUUAAUUUUGGGUGCAACUUUCUUCAGUUAACGUGUGCCGAUGGAUUAGUUUUCAUGAGGCCUCUUUUAUCUGUUGCGGAGGUUCGUGGUAUUACUUUUCCGAUGUUGAAGAUAAAAGCUUUGAUUCUUGAGACAGAGAUCUUUCAGUGUAUUAUUCCUGGUAUAGAAACACUGUUGCAAAACUCACCUAAUUUAAAGACGGUGACAGUUCAUGCAAACACACAGAACUAUUAUAACGAGUACGUGGGCGUGGGAGGUUGGAGAUCAAAAGAUGGAGCCUCUUGGAAUAGAUCCCACUGUGAAUUAGAGUCGAAGCACGUGGCUUCAUUUGUGGAACUUGUGCUUAAAAACACAAAGGCAUUAGACAAGAUGGUUCUACAGUUAUAUGGAGAUUACCCUAGGUUGAAGUUUGAAGAGUUGGUUCAAACACUUCCUCACAACAAUACUGUCUCCAUUGUGCUCUCAACCAGUCAGAAUGGCACACAUCAUAUGAGUGGUGAAUCAUAG